ACCACAAGCAAUAUGAUCAUACCAAUUAAAAAGGACGGUGAAAUCGAGGAAUGGGCAAUUGUUGAACUACAAGGUGAUCUAAAAUACGAUUCUGCAGAUAUUACAAAUAAAUACAUAGGCGAUCUUCACUUUUCCAAGCUUGGCGCACCAAUAUUGAUAAUUGGUAUUCACGUAUUAUACGGAAAACAAGUUACUCUUCCAAAACCGUUUGCUGUUUUGGAGAAGAAAGAUAAUGGAACAGAUAAAAUAACAGAUGAUUCUCAGAUAAAUACCGAAUAUAUUGUAAAAGCUAUUGUAAAACAUAAAUUAGUUUUUAGAUCUAGACCAAAACCUAUAAUAACGAAUGUACCAAAAUGUAACUAA